UUUGUAAGAACAAGCUUCCAAUGAACGUUGAUGAACGCCGCUGCACAAAGGCUGAAAGACUGAAGGAGAAAUCGGAAGAUUGUUAAAUAUAAUGGGCUUUAAGAAAAAGCACAAGAAGCACAAAUCUGAAAAACGUUCGCACGAUGAAGAAGAACAACAACCUCCCGAGAAAGAGAUGCAGCAGGGAGGUCUAAGAUUAAAGUUAAAAGUCAGUGGUGAAGUCUACAGUCCACUUCAUGACACAGGAAGCACAUCAGGGGAGAAGAAGCAUAAACACAAGAAGAAGAAAAAGAAGAAGAAGGCUGAAAAAGAGAAGCGAAGACAUGCAGAGGAAUCUGUACAAGAAACCCCGAAAAGGAGUAGAGCCCAGUCAGAAGAGGAGGAUGCUUCACAAGAGGAGGAGGAGGUAGAACCUCCCGCAAAGAAGCAGGCCCUGGAGGUGGUGACCGCGGAACCUGUCAGGGAGGAGCCACGCCCCGUGGGCCGGCCCAGGAAACAGGAGGAGCAUGGUGUACUGCGCAUCUGUCUCAAACACAUACACAAGAUGCUGCAAAAGAAGGAUGUGAAUGGAUUUUUUGCCUAUCCUGUGAACGACAUGAUUGCCCCUGGAUACUCCAGCAUUAUCCUGAAUCCUAUGGAUCUGAGCACCAUGAUGUCAAAGAUAGAGAGUCACCAGUAUAGAAAUGUGCUUGAGUACAAAAAAGAUUUUGUUUUAAUGUGCAACAAUGCCAUGACAUACAACCGACCAGAAACUAUUUACUACAGGGAGGCCAAGAAAUUACUCAGUGUGGGAAUGAAACUCAUGUCUAAGGAAAAACUGAUCAACAUGAAGAGAAGCCUACCCUUCCUGGCCAGUAUGACUUAUGCUGAGCUGGGAGUGGAGGAGCCUGAUGAGACCACGGCGCUGAUGGCAGCCAUUGUAGAGGAGGAGAGGCAGGAGAAAGAGAGGGCCAAGGAGAGGGAGGAACUGGGUAGAUUUGAGGCAAUACCUGACAACCUCAGUCCAGAGGAAAUUCUUGCCCAGGCCAGGGCGGCAGCCAAAGAUGCAGCGGACAUGUUAACUCUGAGGGAACCAAAGAGCAGAUUUGGGUUUCUGAGGAGGAGGAAUGAUGGGAGCACAACAAUGACCUUAUUGAACCCAGACAACGACGGCAUCUUGAAUGAGAAAGAGCGAGUUGUUAAUUUGGGAUCACUGGUUGGCAAACUGACAACAGGUUCUGGUACAAUAACUGGGUUCAAAGAGGACAAAAGAAAUCGUCUUACACCAGUUAUGUAUUUGAAUUACGGCCCCUUUAGUUCCUAUGGACCUCAGUAUGACUCCACCUUUGCCAACAUGUCAAAAGCGGAAUCAGACCUGCUGCUUUCUACAUAUGCUGAUGAGACUGGUGUGCAAUAUGCUAAGAGUGUGACCUCAUUUGUUGAGAAUUCUGGAGAAUUCGCCAUUGCUAUGGUGGAUCAUCUUCUAGACAUACUGACCAAGGGAGAGCACUCUAAAGCAAAAAAGCAGUUAGAAGAAAUUCAUGCAGCUGAAGAAAAAAGCAAUGAGGCAGCAGGAACCUCAGGGACUCAGUCAAACUCGGACACAAAACCUGUCAACAUCGACAUCAACUCACUCAAGAGUCUCACCGACAUAGGGGUGGAUGUCUCUUUUCUAGAUAACUUUGAAAAAAUGACAGAGCCAGUACAAAAGGACCCUGUUCAGGAGCGUCUGGACCAGACAGCAAGCCUAAUCAAUGACCUCUCAGCUACUCAGAAGGAGAGACUGAGCGCUCGACUCCCGACGCAUCUGGCCCAUGUACCAGGGCCGUCAGAAAAAGAGAUUCAGCUGGCACAGAAAGUCACACAAGAGCUCAAGGAACUCACUAAGGAGGUGACCCCAGCUGAUAUCUCCUCGGUCCAAGGAUUAAGGUCUGCCAUGGGAAUCACACUUAACCCAGUCAAAACAGAACCAGUGGAAGAAACUGUACAACCUCAUCCUGUGGCCAACCAAAACUCACAAGACAUAAAUACUGAUCAUGUGACUGAUAAUUCAAUUGUACCAGCCAAUCAAAUUGACUCUAAUAGUGCAAUGCCAGUACCACAGUUAGAUGAGGAUGACAUGGAUACUGACAUAAGUGAAUUUUUACAGUUUCCAUCACAGUAACUUUCUAUAUUGAUCUACAACAUUGUGAUCAUGAAUUCUGUUUUUUGUGUGUACUGUGCUUUAUGUGAGAGGACUGGUAUGGAGAGAAUAAGAUACGGUACUAAUGCAUAGCAAACUCAGUCAGUGUUGUUGUAGGGUGCUUAAAAGCAAAAUCAGUGCUGUGCCAUUUGUGAAUCUAUCAUUAAUGGCAAAUUGCAGGUUAAACUAACUGUUGUCAGUCAUGAAAUAUAUUUCAUAUAUUGUAAAUGUACCUUCAGGUGUUUUUUGUGCAGAUUUUAAAAAAUUAUUAAAAAUUACAUGGAAACUUUUUCAA